GGACACACAGCCAUUUGCCACACUAGAGUUGGAGCUCUCACCAGAGGAUGUUCUGCUGAGAUUUGAUGUACACUAGCCUAUAUACGUAGCCUCCUUGGUUCCACCCGUGUGAGGCAAGAGGACAACAGGAUGGAGACGGGCUUUACAGGCCACAAGUCAUGGAUAAAACUGUAGGGGCUGUGUCAGCUGCAGCAAUUAUAACCACGGGUGUUGCUGCGUGGGCGCUUUACAAGUUCCUUGAAACAAGACAGAAAUUGAAGCAGUAUGUUGCAAAAUAUGAUGAUGCUAGGGAAGUUCAGAGACAGUUGGUUCAUCAUUAUGGUGAUCUAAAAGAUUUGCCUCUUCUAAAAGAAGUAAUACCACCGGAAGCAGAAGGUUAUCAUUCAAGGCUCUCACAUUUUUGCAGUGAAGUGUGCCAGAGGCAUGGAGUGCCCAGAGGGCGUGUGCUGGAUGUUGGUUGUGGGCCAGGAGGGUUGUCAUUUCACCUUAGUAGUCACUUUCAGAAAGUGGUGGGCACUGAUAUUAGUUACCCAAUGAUUGCAGCUGGACAGCAACUCAAACAAUUUGCAGAAUUUGGAGCUCCCUUUAGUAGUGAAGGAGGCAAUCAUAUAUCUUUUAUACGAGUCAGAGUUCCUGAUUCCGCUGUGAGGGAGAGGGUUGUAUUUUGGGAUGAGGAUGCCUCUGCUCUCUUCUACACAAGUGGUAAAUUCAACUGUAUUAUUGUAUCUAAUACAAUCACAGAUAUGGAAGAUCCAAAGACAUUCCUUGAAACAAUUGCAAACUACACUGAAACUAAUGGGGUGUUGAUUAUUUCUGAUGUUUACAAUUGGUUGAAUGGCCCAGAAGAACUUUUAGGAGGUGAGGGUGAAUGCUUGACCUGGUCUACAGUGAACAAAAUCUUAGAAAAAGAAUGGACUUAUGAGGAGGAGACUAACAUACCAUUUUAUGUUCCAAGAUGUAAGCGUCUUGCUCUAGUUGGUAAUACUCAUGUCAGUGUCUGGAAAAGAAAGCCUGAAGAGAUUUAGGUUGAAGUUCAGGUGGUUUCAAAGCCAAAUAAAAUUCUUACUAAUUUUUCAUCAUCAUGCUAAUGGUGUUGGGGCUGCUAUAAAAACCCCAGUGUUGAAGUGAAGGUAUUUUAGUAUAUGCAUUUAUAUGAAAACUGCUUUUAUGGUGACUAGUAAAGAAUGUAUUAACUUCUAUGAUGAUUCAGUAUGUCAAAUGCAUUUCAAAUGCAUUAAAAUCCAAAUGCAUGAAAAGCAUAUUUAAGAGCUUCAUAUUUACAUUAAAUGAAAAUAAAAAUAGACAUGCAUGUCCUGAAUGCUUAAA